ACGUUAGACCGGGGGGGGAAUCUGGAGAAAGAGAGAAGAGGCAGGACGAACACUCCCUCCCUCCCUAUCCCACUCAUUAGUGUGCUACAUUUCGCUGACGAUCUCGGGGCAAACAAGCGGCGCAGGACUAGUUUCGCUCAUCAGAAGAGAUUUAUAUAUCAUUCCGGGACAUUUUUUCGUCUCAUUGUUAAUCGUGGAAUUGAUCCUGUCGACUUUAAGAGGACAAUUUGACUGUGAUAUCGGCGCAGAUCAGUUUAGAAGAUGGUUCGAGUCUCCGCAAUAUCGGUCCUUAUUUUGGGCAUCGUAGUUCCAGGGUUGGCCGGCUAUAUUGAGGCGCUUGCAGCCAAUGCGGGCACAGGUUUUGCCGUAGCGGAGCCUCAGGUGGCCAUGUUCUGUGGGAAGCUCAACAUGCACGUAAACAUCCAGACAGGACGCUGGGAACCUGACCCUUCCGGGCUGAAGAGCUGUGUAGGAACCAAAGAGGGCGUGCUGCGCUACUGUCAGGAGAUGUACCCUGAGCUCCAGAUCACUAACGUGGUGGAGGCCAACCAGCCAAUCAGGAUUGAGAACUGGUGCAAGAAGGAGAAGAAGCUGUGUAAAGGCCACGCCCACAUCGUGGUGCCUUACAAAUGUUUAGUGGGGGAGUUUGUGAGUGACGUGCUGCUGGUUCCUGAGAAGUGCAGGUUCUUCCACAAGGAGAGGAUGGACAUGUGUGUCAGCCACCAACAGUGGCACGGGGUGGCCGAGGAGGCCUGUUCCAAGGGGACCAUGGUCCUUCACAGCUAUGGCAUGUUACUGCCCUGUGGCAUUGAUAAGUUCCAUGGUACAGAGUAUGUAUGCUGCCCCUCCCCUGGGGAACCCUCCCUGCCCGCCAUGCCCUCCCAGGAGGAAGAAGAAGAAGAUGAAGAGGAGGAUGAAGAGGUGGAGGAGACGGCACUGGAUCAGGAUGAUCUUGUAGAGAAGGAGAGCGAGGCCCCAGCUGAUGAGCAGCCCACCACUCAGAAAGAGGAGGAGCCAUUGGAUGAGGAAGAUGAAGAUGAGGAAGAGUACCACUAUGUGUAUGAAGAUGAGGAGGCCGACAGAGAGGAAGAGGAGGAGGAGGAGAAGAAAGAGAGGGAUAGUGUUCCAGAGAGCCAGGAUGAAGACAAGACCCUGACAGAGGUCAAAGCGGUGUGUACCCUGGAGGCUGAGACCGGCCCCUGCCGUGCCUCCAUGGCCCGCUGGCACUUCGAUAUGACAACCAGGAAGUGCGUCCGCUUCGUGUAUGGGGGCUGCGCUGGAAACCGCAACAACUUUGACUCUGAGGAAUACUGCAUGGCCGUGUGCAAACGCCUUACAGCAGUGCCCCCCACCCCUCAGCCCACUGACGAUGUUGACGUGUACUUCGAGACGCCCGCUGAUGACAAGGAGCAUACACGCUUCCAGAAGGCCAAGGAGCAGCUGGAGAUCAGGCACCGUAACCGAAUGGAGAGGGUGAGAAAGGAGUGGGAGGAGGCAGAGCGUCAGGCUAAGGAGCUUCCUAAGGCUGAGAGACAGACUCUGAUCCAGCACUUCCAGGCCACGGUAGAGUCUCUGGAAGAGGAGGCAGCCAGUGAAAAGCAGCAGCUGGUUGAGACCCACCUGGCUCGGGUAGAGGCCAUGCUCAACGACCGCCGCCGCCUGGCGCUGGAGAACUACCUAGCCGCCCUGCAGGCUGACCCACCGAGGCCCCACCGUAUCCUGCAGGCUCUGAGGCGGUAUGUGCGCGCGGAGAACAAGGACCGUCAGCACACCAUCCGCCACUACCAACACGUACUGGCUGUCGACCCUGAGAAGGCUGCCCAGAUGAAGUCCCAGGUACACACCCUGACCCCUAACCCUGAACAGGUGAUGACCCACCUACGUGUGAUCGAGGAGAGGAUGAACCAGAGUCUGUCUCUGCUCUACAAGGUUCCCUACGUUGCCGAGGAGAUCCAGGAUGAGAUUGAUGAGUUGCUUCAGGAGCAGAGGGCAGACAUGGACCAGUUCCUGUCGUCUAUCUCAGAGUCUCAGCCGGACGUUACCGUGUCAUCAGAGGAGAGUGUGGAGCUUCCGGUCUCCGAAGGGAAACCCUACCGCCCCUUCCAGGUCACCUCCCUGGGGUCGCGACCUGAACCAGAGGGCGAUCUAUCAGACUCCCCACGUGCCUUCAAGAAAGGUUCAGGGAUGUACGGCCAGGACGGGCUGAUCGGAGCCGAGGAGAGGGUCAUCAACAGCAAGCCCAAGAUCAACAAUAACAUGCAGGUGGUUGAUGAGACUCUGGAUGUAAAGGAAGUGAUAUACAGUGCUGAGAGAGUCAGCGUUAUGCAUGGUGAUGAGCUGGAAUCCUACCGUCCUCUGGGUGAGGACUUCAGCUUCGGGAGCUCUGCUCUGAUUGGUCUGCUGGUGAUAGCGGUGGCCAUAGCAAUGGUGAUAGUGAUCAGCCUGGUUAUUCUGAGGAAGAGGCAGUACGGAACCAUCAGCCACGGCAUUGUGGAGGUUGACCCCAUGCUGACCCCAGAGGAACGCCACCUCAGCAAGAUGCAGAACCACGGCUACGAGAACCCCACCUACAAAUACCUGGAACAGAUGCAGAUCUAGGAUUCGCUGUGGCACCGAGCAGAGAGGAGGGGCCAACAUACUACUGACCAAUAACAAAAAAAAUACUCUCCUCAGAAAUCAUUUUGCGUAAAAUUACAUCAGAUCACAAUAGUUAUACGGAUUUGUUUCAGACCGAUCCUUGAAGAAUAAUGCUAAAACUACUGCUACUAUUGUACUUUCCAGCUCCCUUUCAAUCUUGGGGUUUCUUUUAAAAGGGUGAUGUACGUCAUCUCUACGUUUUAUAUAAUAUGUGAUUUAAUAAUUAAUUAUUACGAUUACUCUCUGAAGAUUGAAGAUGUGUUGUUUUUUUUAAAAUUUGAUUUGUUGUUGUUGUUGUUGUUGUUUUUUAAAAACAUGCAACAAGGUAAGAAACCAAGCAACGCCAUUGUUGACUAUAAAUGUAUCUCAUCAUCAGACAACGAGGAGGACAUUUUGUUCCCCAUCGUACCAGUGUCCCAAAACCUUCUGACGGUCUUCUCAUAAUAACAAAGUUGUUGUUGGUUUCUUUUUCAAUAGAUUGCUUGUAAAUGAAGGUUCUUUGUACCUAUUAAAUGAUGUAUAGUGAAACUACAAAUGAGGAAAAAGAAUGAAAACAAAAUCAUGAAUUCAGUUACUUUCUAUUCUUUGUUAUGAUUACAAACAAAAUAUAUAUAUAUAAAGUAGCUGUUUUUAUUCCACCAGGGAAGAGAGGUUGAAACUGGGAUGGUGGCUGAGCUAGGUUGGGAUGUUGUGGUGCAGACAGACAGGAGCGCGUGCAGACAGACAGGAGAGCGUGCAGACAGACAGGAGAGCGUGCAGACAGACAGGAGAGCGUGCAGACAGACAGGAGAGCGUGCAGACAGACAGACACAGGAGAGUAGACAGACAGGAGAGUGCACAGACCCCCAGCUGAUCUCACAGCUCAGACCAGACUUACCCUUAUUACACCCUGACCCAUCUAAAUGAACUGACUCGUACCCUUAUUACACCCUGACCCAUCUAAAUGAACAUACUCGUUCCCUUAUUACACCCUGACCCAUCUAAAUGAACUGACUCGUACCCUUAUUACACCCUGACCCAUCUAAAUGAACAUACUCGUUCCCUUAUUACACCCUGACCCAUCUAAAUGAACUGACUCGUUCCCUUAUUACACCCUGACCCAUCUAAAUGAACUGACUCGUACCCUUAUUACACCCUGACCCAUCUAAAUGAACUGACUCGUUCCCUUAUUACACCCUGACCCAUCUAAAUGAACAUACUCGUUCCCUUAUUACACCCUGACCCAUCUAAAUGAACUGACUCGUACCCUUAUUACACCCUGACCCAUCUAAAUGAACUGACUCGUACCCUUAUUACACCCUGACCCAUCUAAAUGAACUGACUCGUUCCCUUAUUACACCCUGACCCAUCUAAAUGAACAUACUCGUUCCCUUAUUACACCCUGACCCAUCUAAAUGAACUGACUCGUACCCUUAUUACACCCUGACCCAUCUAAAUGAACUGACUCGUUCCCUUAUUACACCCUGACCCAUCUAAAUGAACAUACUCGUUCCCUUAUUACACCCUGACUCAUCUAAAUGAACUGACUCGUACCCUUAUUACACCCUGACCCGUCUAAAUGAACUGACUCGUACCCUUAUUACACCCUGACCCAUCUAAAUGAAAGUGAUGAUACGCCCUGUUCAUAUCCACACAUUCAUAUGUGAAUGUACUGUGGAAGAGUGACCACGUUUUGUCUCCUGAUAUGUUCUCUGAUGGUCCUGAUGGGUUGUAGGGAUUCAGAGUCCACGUUUUGUCUCCUGAUAUGUCCUCUGAUGGGUUGUAGGGAUUCAGAGUCCACGUUUUGUCUCCUGAUAUGUUCUCUGAUGGUCCUGAUGGGUUGUAGGGAUUCAGAGUCCAUGUUUUGUCUCCUGAUAUGUUCUCUCAUGGUCCUGAUGGGUUGUAGGGAUUCAGAGUCCAUGUUUUGUCUCCUGAUAUGUUCUCUGAUGGUCCUGAUGGGUUGUAGGGAUUCAGAGUCCAUGUUUUGUCUUCUGAUAUGUUCUCUGAUGGUCCUGAUGGGUUGUAGGGAUUCAGAGUCCAUGUUUUGUCUCCUGAUAUGUUCUCUGAUGGUCCUGAUGGGUUGUAGGGAUUCAGAGUCCAUGUUUUGCACAAGCGAUGCAAUGCUUUUAAAAAUCAAGUAGAAAUGAAUCUGAGAACCAUUUUAUGGAUGUAUUCAUUCACCUGAACAACAGCUGACCCUAAAGCACAGAACAGUUUGAAUAGUCUUUCUCAAAUCAACCCCAAACACGCUCGCUGGGGGGCUUGUGACCGACCGACAGACAGACCGAUGUGGAUGGAAAGAGACAGAUAGACAGACCGAUGUGGAUGGAAAGAGA